UCACGCCAGCACUAUCAGUGUUGUAAGUGUUGCAAUAUACGGUCGACUGGUCAGUCGCUCUUUCUUUCUCGUACUUUUCAAUUUUUUUCAACGAGUGACACUUGUUAUUCCAAGUGAAAAUGCCAUUUCCGGAUACCGCCAAUGGUUACGACAGUCUUCCGGCUGUCAAACGAUCCAUCAAUAACGACGAGUUCCAAACGAACGCGAAGCAUGCGCGAAACACGUAUACCUUUGAAAUUUUGCAAGAAUCAGCGCAGUAUCUGCUGGAUCGCAUCAAGAUCAGACCGAAAAUAGGAAUUAUAUGCGGCUCAGGAAUGGGAUCAUAUGAGCAAAACGAGUUGUGUCCAGGUUCGCUCGCGGAGUAUCUCGUGGACAAGCAAUGCUUCCCCUACGAAGAAAUCCCGCAUUUCCCGAUGUCCACGGUAAAGGGCCACACCGGCCAGAUGGUCUUCGGGUAUCUUCAGGGUGUUCCGGUCAUGUGCAUGCAAGGGAGGUUUCAUUACUACGAGGGCUAUCCGCUCUGGAAGUGCGCCAUGCCGGUGAGGGUGAUGAAGCUGGUGGGUGUGACGCAUUUAAUCGCCACUAACGCGGCCGGCGGUUUAAAUCCCACUUACAAAGUUGGCGAUAUCAUGAUAGUGAAGGAUCAUGUGAAUAUGAUGGGUUUUGCAGGCAACAACCCGCUUCAAGGACCAAAUGACGACAGAUUCGGACCUCGAUUUCCGCCCAUGAAUAAAGCCUAUAACACCGAACUGAUGGAGACCGGUAGACAAGUAGCUCAAGAGAUGGGCAUCGGUGAUAUUGUGCACAGAGGGGUUUACACGUGUUUAGGCGGUCCUAAUUUCGAGACAGUGGCGGAAUUGAAGAUGCUGAGGAUGGUCGGUGUUGAUGCAGUUGGCAUGUCCACGGUUCACGAGGUUAUCACCGCACGUCAUUGCGAUCUCACCGUAUUCGCGUUUAGUUUAAUUACGAAUCAGUGCGUUAUCGAUUACGAAGAUCAUUGCGAGGCGAACCAUGAAGAGGUAAUGGACGUCGGUAAAGCACGACAACCGCUUCUUCAAGAAUUCGUAUCCAAGAUGGUAAUACGUCUCAGGGAUCUCUCAAAACAGCCUACGAAAUCAUUGGAUUGAGAACUUUAUUCCUCCAGAUACGAUUAGAGCAAUUCCCUUCACUCGAUGAGGAAUUCUUUCGAAUGAUUGAUUCAUUCAUUUUCGUAUUUAAAUAAGAAGUCUUUAAGAGGAUGCUGACUAUGACUGUUUUACCGACUUUGAGUUCAAAGGCUUUUCUUUUUAUUGGCUGU